AAGUUCUGAGAACACGCUUCAGCUUUCCAACUUUGCGGAGCCAACUCUUUAAUAUGAGCCCGUGAGAGGACGGGAAAAGCUGAUACCUUGGAAAUUUUGCCAGCUUGGUGCAAAGUCCCUAUUACAAGCUUCGGUUCAGCAGCGUCUAUAGGGGCACACCAAAACUCGCUCACUCUUCAGUAUCCUGCUGAACCGGACAUCUCACCUCCCAGAAGUUGGGUCUAGGUACGUCUGUGAAGCUAGGUGUGGAGACAGCUUUUCAGGCUAAGCUGUUCUGCAAGAUGUUCCCACUGCAAGGUGCACAGAUGCUGCAGGCGCUGGAGAAGUCCUUGAUCAGGAGCAUUCCAGAAUCCUUAAAGGUUUAUGGGACUGUCUUUCACAUUAACCAUGGAAAUCCAUUCAAUCUAAAAGCCCUGGUAGACAAGUGGCCUGAUUUUAAUACAGUGGUUAUCCGCCCUCAUAAGCAAGAUAUGACAGAUGACCUUGAUCACUACACCAAUACUUAUCAAGUAUACUCCAGGGACCCCCGAAAUGCUCGGGAAUUCCUUGCCUCCCCAGAAGUCAUCAAUUGGAAACAACAUUUCCAAAUUCAAAGCUCACAAUCAAGCCUGAAUGAAGUGAUACAAAAUCUUGCGGCCACUAAAUCUUACCAAGUCAAACACUCAGAAAACUUCCUCUAUCUGGCGUCUCAGACAGCUAAGAAACUGGCCCCCUCCCUGCUGGAUGCGGAGAGCUUAUCCCCGGGUGGUGGCAAGCCCAAGGCUAUCAACCAAGCCCUGUUCAAACUCUCGUCCCUGGAUGUCACCCAGUCCACCUUUCUGAACGAGUUUUGGCUGUUCGGUGGCAACGAGAGGAGCCAGAGAUUCAUCGAGCGCUGCAUCCGCAGCUUCCCCAGCUUCUGCCUGCUGGGGCCGGAGGGGACGCUGGUGUCCUGGUGCCUGAUGGACCAGACUGGAGAAACGCGGGUAGCAGGCACCUUGCCUGAGUACCGGGGCCAGGGCCUUGUCUCCCACGUUGUCUACACACUGGGCCUGGCUAUGGACAAGCUUGGCUUUCCUGUGUACUCUCACACAGACAAGAGCAACAAGGCCAUGCAGAGAAUGAGCUACACUCUGCACCACAUCCCCAUGUCCUCCAGCUGGAACCAGUGGCACUGUACUCCUCUGUGAGGCUGGCGGUGCUGGGGGUCUGGACAGGCAGUGGUGGUCACAGAAAGAAUAAACUGUAAUCAGCAGCAAA